AUGGCCAAUUAUACCGGUUCGAUUGCGGAUGCCGGCCGGCUGAUUCACAUCGCCAAACGACGUGAGCGGCACAAGGAAGAUAUUGAGAAGCAGAAGAAGAAAAUUCAGGCAGAGAAUAUCAGCUUAAUUAAUAUUGGCGAGAAAUUCAAGGCCCAUUAUGACGCAGUUGAACAGCAACUGAAGUCGAGCACCGUAGGUCUUGUGACGUUGGAUGAAAUGAAAGCAAAGCAGGAGGACGUUAUAAAAGAGCGAGAAAAACAGCUUGCGCAUAAGGAAAAGUGUGUGCUGUCGUUUGAUCCUGAUGAAGAAGAAAACGAGGACAAUUCUGAACCACUAGAGCCACCAAAAAAGAAAAAAAUCACUAAAGAUCCAACAGUCGAUACAAGUUUCCUACCUGACAAAGAGAGAGAAGAAGAAGAAAACAGGCUACGAGAACAGUUGCGAGAAGAGUGGAUGAAACGGCAGGAAGAAAUCAAAAAGGAGCCGAUCAACAUUGCUUUCAGCUACUGGGACGGUUCAGGACACCGUAGGGACCUGAAGAUGCGAAAGGGUAAUUCGAUACAUCAGUUCCUGCAGAAGGCG